UUGGGCGACCUGGGAUCAAUACAGGAUCUGUGAGCGUUUGGCCUACGUCGCCGGUAGUCCCGCAGCAUUGAGAAGAGCAAGUCCGGGUUGGAGAAGAGCCAAAUGUUCACCCAUGCUCACACCGAAAAGAGCGGAGCAAAAAGCCUUCUACGAGAUUGAUCAAGACAACGCUGCCGCGUUGUCUAUUGACGAGAUGCGUACCGGAGGACUUUGCGAGUUGGGCCGUCUGGAUGAUCCAGGCAACUGGAGAAAAUCUGACAAUCACAUGUCAAAAGUGUACGUGAACUGCGGCUUUGCGGCGCUAGUGGGCUGGUUGGCUGUUGACUUUCAACUUUCGGUUCAGAACGUACGUUCGUCCUUCAACACCUCGAUUUGCACAUCUUCGCCAUCCUCGAGAAACCUUUGCGCAUUGCCGGCGCAGCGCAUAUCAAGGCUCGACGAAGGCUGAAGUCUUCUCAACCACCCGCGCACCACCUCGAGUCGAAGCAAGUAGAGUCAAUACUGCCUUAACGCAACAUCCAGCAAGCCGACACAAUGACUACACUGCUCGAUCUCCCCGAGGAGACCAUCGCCAACAUUCUCUCCCUCGUUUCCGAAGAUGGACCUGUCCCGAUGGUCGGCUCAGGAGAUUAUCCCCCACACAGUGCUUCAUACUCAGCCUACUUCAACGCUGCGCUCACGUGCAAAGAUCUGCAUCGCAUAGUGCAGCCAGAGCUCUACAAAUUCGUCGCUUUUGAUGGAAAUCCCUAUCGAGUCGGACGGGACGGGUCUCAAGGCGGCCAUGUGGACAUGCACAGUUUCUUGCGCACGCUGUUCGAAGCGCCACACUUGAGGAGAUCUAUCCACGAGAUUCACAUCAAGCAUUGCUCUUCUCUGAUGAAAAGUCAGAGUCGGACUUCGCGCGUCUGGCCGGACCGAUCACCGCCCAUUUGGGAAGCGGAGACGGUUCUCGGCGAGGCUUUGGCGAGCUUGUUCGAAGAAGGGGGAAGCGACGAGGACGGAGCCGAGGCGGAGAACGAAGGAGGCGUUUCCCUCCUGGGCCUGGAAGAGGUGUAUGGUGGAACAUGACAGGGUAGCCAGUGAGACAUGGCUCAGGUCUGAUAGAGGAAAACGAAGAAGAAUAGAGGCGGCGAGGUCGGAAUAUGGAAGGUGCGAAGGUCCAUGCCGAGGAUCUUGCCGGCAAGAGAUCUGCUUUCCAGAAGCGUUAGCAGGGAGAAAGACAUGGAGCAACGACCAGAGCUGGGGUCGCACCGCCUGUGCUGGAGGGAGAGCGUUCUGAAUGAUUGAAAGCGGAUGAGACCUUUCCUCGUCGCAGGAGCCAUGUUGGAGGAAUGGAGAGGCCCAGUUUCCGCGAAUUGUCUUAUCAGCACAGUGCCAGAGUCGGAGAGGUAUGACAGACGAGGCAACAAGUCAGCGAGGUCUUUCAUGCAAGGCAGUGAUGAGAACGAUGCCAUACCGUGUCUCACCUUCAG